AGCGAGGCCAACAGAAUCGAGACUGAAAUUAGCAGAAGCAGCUCACGACGCAGAAAUCACAUUCUCCUUUGUUCUCCAUCUGAGCCAUCCGAGCGAGCACCGUGGAACGCCUGUUCUGUUGCAACUUGCAAUCGGGUGAUAUCAGCGGCGAUGGCGGUUUCGUGGAGAGGCGAGACAUUGAGUUUCACCUCCUAUAUGCGCCUGAAGCACGGUGAACUUGGAAUAUAAUGCUGGGCAGUUUCAGUAGUUCCAUUGUAUUGCUCUAUCCAACCGACGCAACUUUGAAAUGGUUCAAAUGAUACGAAGACAUGUAUUGGAUUGGAUUGCCUUUCCUUUGGUGUUUAGUGUUCCUCAUGUGAUAUCCCAAGCGGAUCCUGUCUAACCCACUCUAGCUCUCCCAGGAAAAGGCAUAAAGGAAGUAAAAGAUGUAAUAGGCAAGGAGAACAUCCAGGAGCAAGGCGAAAACACAUCGUUCAUCGUACACGCAGGGCUUAACGACGUCCUGAACAUGUGUGACUGGAGUUUCAUCCAAUACGAACUCAAGACUCUCGCCUCAACGUACCCGAACGCGGCACUCCAAAUCUAUACACUCCCAGAAGUACAACAUCUGGGAUCAGACAUCUUGGGGGAGAUCCAAGCAUGCAAUGACAGUCUAGAAGCCAUGUGUGACGCAGCCAGCUUUGAGUUUAUCGACCUGAGAAACAUACCCUACGAAUUUGUAAACCCGCAGGAGCACUACACAGCUCUGGCGAGUAGAGUUUUCGCCGCAAGACUUGCAAAGCGAGCAACGGCUUUUUUAAAGAAGGGGAAGAGGGUCCCCCCUCCGCUGCGUCCACAAUACAAAAGCGAAAGAAACGGAUACCGACACAGGGAUCCACCCACACUCCAUCAGGAACAGCAUCCACCCUCGAUGAAUCAACCACAGCGGCGACGAACAUACAGGCGAAGACCAUGGAUGACGAAAACACGCGGCCCAAGAACACGACAAUACGGGUGGGGGCACAGGCAGCGCCAGUGGUCCCCGUCACACCUGAUAGGCACCGCCUACACCCACGGUUACCUCCAACGUCCACAUCCGUCCUAUCCCCACGACCAAGACCCGUAUGCAAGGGAGCAGCCGAGGCUAACACCACCGGAGAAGCUACCCAUCCCUCAAGACCAGGAAUACCACGCCUACGCCCAGGAAGCGCAACAAAUGGAAAUCCCCCACACCUCUGGCCGCAAAGGGACCAGUGGCCAGACUUGUACGUAUCUUGAUGUUUUGUACAAGUCUGCGUGGCCCCCCAUCAACCACCUAACACCCGAAUACACGGAUCAGCCACCUCAGGCAAACCAGCAGUGGAGCAGGAACAACCAACAACGAAUGACUACACAGCCACACCAAACCGAAGGAGGAACAAUCGCAUGGAACGAGUACAGGGACCAGAGUUUAAGACCCCCACCGUUCCCCCAGCUACCGUAUCCAACCCCUGUUUAGUGGCACACCCACCUCUGGAAACAGAAGCAACCCAGACAGGGAAGAAACCAAGAAAACACAGAUGCCGCGGAAGAACAACCGGCCGAAACCAAAAGAAACACGUAAACUAUAAGGAGAUAAACCUAGCCACUCUCAACAUCCAAGGUGGAUCGAGAACAAAAUGGGAAGAACUGCAAACAAACGCAAUCCACCAAAACAUCCUCGUGUACGCCUUAACAGAAACCCACCUGUGAAAUCAACAUACUCCACUCCUAGGGGAUGAAUGGCGGUGAAUCGGAAACAACAGAAAUACUGGAGAAAAGAAGGGAGGUGACGUAGGUUUUAUGUAUAGACACCCGCAAGUGAGGGCUGUAAGGUCCAAGUCAUGCCUAGAACAUAUGUGGGCGAUAUUCGAGACGACCGACGGGGAAACUUUCAUCCUGGGCGUAACAUACAUGGUUACAGGAAACGGCGCCAAUACGUGGAUAAACCCAUAUACGGUUGCCUCGAACAAGACAUCGCUGACUUCGAGCUUAAUCUACCAAGCAACCCCUUAAUACUGAUGGGUGACUUCAAUUGCCACAUGAUCGAACUGGAUGGCCAUGAAUCGGCGUCAGAACUGAGAAUUCUGGCAGAGAAAUUCCAGUUGGCGAUACUAAACCUGGAACCAGACUGCUGCGGACGAAAAACGUGGUCCAGAGGAGCCCAGUCUUCAACGAUCGAUUACGUCCUCGCCAACCCGGCCUGCCAGUCCGCUGAAACAACUAUAAAACUCUCGAUCGACGAGGAUGGCGUUUUCGACUGUGGGAGUGAUCAUAAUCAGCUCAAGACAACGAUAUCCGCAAAAAAUCGUUCAACCUCAACGCCCAAGACACCCAUUACAAAGUAGCAUAGCGUGAAACAACAAAAAUGGAAGACAAAAAAUCAAGAUGCCCUCCAGAAUUUCGCCGACACAUUGGAACAGGACCUCUCGGACGUGACUGAUAGUAACUACGACAACCUCAUGAAACUAAUCGAGGGCGCGGCGAAGUGGACCAUUGAGAGGACAUCGGCAAAGACCGGGAAGAGGAGGAAGAGAAGAAAUCAACCUUGGUUUGACAAAGAAGUGAAGGCGGAGAUCAAGGUCCGACGGGAACUCAACCGGACACGAAGGCACGCAUUGAAGACAAACACAAACCACGCGGAGGCUGAAGAAGCAUAUAAAAACAGAAAUUAAAAGUAAGAACGAUGGUGUCGGAAAAGAUCCAGAGUUUCCACAAUUAUGUAGAGACAACGAAAACCGAAAGUGGGAAAAGAACGGGAGCGGCACUCUGGAAGUACCUAUAGCCGGCAUUGACAGGCAAGACGACCCGGACGUACUCACGAAGUUGAGAGAUGAGAAUAACAGGAGCUUUACGACACCAGACCAGAUCACGGAAUACAUGACAGUGUACUGUGACAGUGACACUGUACUACAAAGAACAACAACAGAGCCUGCUAGCAAGGCGAAAGAGAAGUGAAGACGAAAAAGUAGAAGACGACGACGGACCUAAACUACCCGAACAGACACGUAGUGACCCUCUCAUGGCGAUAACAGAUGCCAAGGUCACAAACGCCGUUAAGCGUCUGACA